AUGACUCUUCAAAAUACUCGAAUAUUAUUCGUAAAGAGACCUUCUGGCCUCUUUGAACCAAGUGAAACUUUCAAAAUUGUAAAAGCUCCAGUACCGUCACAAAAUGAUUUGUCUAACGGACAAAUCCUAAUAAAGAAUUAUUAUUUAUCUUUGGACCCGGGUCAAAUUGCAAAAAUCAAAGGUGCAAGAGUAAUAGGCAUAGCCGGCUCUCCUGAAAAAUGCGCUUGGAUAGUAGAUGAAUUAGGUUUUGAUGUUGCCUUAAAUUAUCGUGAUCCCGAUUUUCAUAAGCAAUUAAUCCAGGCAACGCCAAAUUAUAUAGAUGUAUAUUUUGAUAACGUUGGGGGUGACAUAUUAAAUCUUUGUUUAAAAAGGAUAGCGAAGUUUGCUAGAAUAGUAUUGUGUGGAGCUAUCAGCCAAUAUAACGAAGUAAAUUAUAAAGGGCCUGGCAAUUAUGUUACUUUGAUUGCUCAGAGCGAUUACAUAGUAGAAGGUUUAGAAAAUGCACCCCAAGCAUUAUUAAGACUAUUUAAAGGUGAGAAUACUGGUAAAAUGUUGAUUAAAAUUGCCGACGAAAAUGAAAAUAUCAGAA